AGACAGAAUAAAAACACACAUGAAUAAUAACCAAAGGUGAUAGAAAAAGAAGUGUUCAGAUCUUAAUAACACUAACAUACUGUCCAAUCCAACUGUUGUACUUGUGUUGUUUCCAGAGGUCAGUAUAACAGACCCAGAGCAGAGUGUCCAGUGUCCACAUGUCUGUCCAUGAACAGUGACCGGUCCAUGGGUCGUCCUCUACCAUUUAGUCCUGAACCUGGACCUUCAGACACAGAAGAGACGGAGAGGACUCAUGUUCCUGAGGUGGACCCACCGUCCUGUUCUUUGUGUCAGAAGGUCCAGAGUGAUCCAGUCCGGACCAGCUGUGGACACUGGUUCUGCAGACAGUGCAUCACUUCAUACUGGGACCAGUCUGGUUCAUCAGGAGACUCCUCCUGUCCCCAGUGUGAAGAAACAUCCAGAACAAGAGCUGACCUGCAGAUCCACAGCACUGUCCAAAUUGAACAUAAACUCAGUCUGAGGAGCAGAUUUGAAUGUGUGACUGAAGGAACUGAUGAAACAGGCAAGUAGAACCCGUCUAAACCAGAUCUACACUGAGCUGUACAUCACAGAGGGACAG